GCUAUGUCAACUGAUACUGAAAUCUGCAUUUUCAAAAACACUAUUAUUGCUAUCAUUUGUGUUCUCGUUUACUCGUAUAUUUAGAUUUCUAUACAUUUAACUAAUAAAGUCAACUUUUUGUUUAAAAAAACAAUGUUUUCUUCUGAGUUCCCGCGGCCUCAAAUUAACGGGAUCAACUUGGAAAACUAUAUUCCGGAGAGGCAGAGCCCAAAUUCGGUCGUAUUUAUUCACAAAAAAUGUCUGUCGAAAUCCCAGAGACGGCGGCUCGAAAACAAAAGGAAUGGAUAUGAAAAUGUUGACGUCGCAAAAAAGGAAAACCAGAGUCGUUGCGAACAAAGGGGUAGGGAUAAGCAUGAGAAAUGUUGUCGGCUUACGGACGUGUGCCGUGACGGGCGUGGGACGCCCCCGCGCUCCACGUGUCAGCCGCCGCCACCGCACCGCCGCUCAGUACUCGAACAUACCGUCAAACUCGUAAAAAAUAUAACGCCCCUCGUCAUCCCGCCUGCCAGUAACACCUCUCCCCCUUUUUACUACACAAUAAAAACGAUUAAAAAACACAAAAACAAAUCCACACCCAAACGGACUGUCGGGACGCAGACAGAUGCGGACGACGAGAAAAGAAAAUACUCCAGCAAAAGAUUGAUCGAGACAUUCCGUCGAGAGACUGGCUUCAGGGAGAGCACCAGUGUCAGGGAAUCAUUCAGUCACUCGUCACGAUCCGGCACCACCACGGAACAGAUACAGUUGAACCAAUCACUGGACAUGUCAGAAAUAUCGGAGAAGAAGCAUUCCAAGCACUUCGUGAGUCAGGAGUCGUAUAAAAUGAAUCGGAAUCAAGAGAUGGCGAAGUUUGCCGCUUCGGAAUCUUUGGAGGCUUUAGCGACAGCCCUGAGUCGCAGCGCCGGCGGCACCAAGCUAAAGAUCCAUUUAAUGGACGAACGCGGUAAAGCUGUGUUAGCGGAAAGUUUGCAGCGACCUAUAGUGGCAUGCAUAACUGAGUGCGUCGAAGAAUUAGUAAAGAAAUGCCGUGUUGAUCGCCCAGAGCUGGCCUCAGUGAAGAGGGUCGUCACGUGUAAUUCAGAUAAGCUGGAUAGUAUUUUGGAAAGACUUACAUUCGCACCAGAUGGUCAUUUCCCGAAUGCGGCUGCAUCUUCGCUAGUAAACAUGACUCCUAGAGUCCAGAAGGCCCGAGUAUCGACUCCUCGCAUUCCGGAGGAGGAUGAAUUAAAAGAGGAGUCUUUAUCCGACCAAGAUAUUUCGAUUCAGCGCAGUACCUUUGAAAAGAGGUUUGUGAAUGAGGGGGCCGAAAUGACGGUUUUGUACCCAGCUGAGGAGACGGCGGAUAGAAAUCAAUCGGGGUUCGGUCCUGACGGAGUUCGAUUAGGUUGCGGAGAGGUCGGGGGUACAAUGGGAGGGUCACUGGACGGGCCCGCGAUCCAACCCGGCCUCCGGAUCCCUACUAGGUUUUGUUGGACCGAUGCUAAUAGAAAAUUGUAAUCUUGUAUGUAGGUACUCAGAAUUACUAGUUACUCAAUAAAAUAAUUUUGUAA